GAAAAAAAAAAAUGGUGACACGAAUUUUCUUCAAAAGAUGUGAAAAACGUACACAUGUUAUGCAUGAAACUUAAGACGGCAACUUUAUAUAAAGGUGUCGCAACGCCUACCCUGUACUCACUGGACUCUGCUAUCCACUGCUAGCGGGUUUUGAUAGUACUGUGGAGUGUGGGAAGAGCUCAAGUUUUCAUCAAUGGCUACUCUUAGGAACUUGUUGAAGAAAAAAUCUUUAACGUCCAACGAGCUUGCUAUAAGGAGGUUCGUCUCUUCCGAGGCUGCUGCUGAAUCUCCUUCUUUUGCUCAAAGAAUCAGGGAUCUGCCCAAGAAUCUCCCUGGAACUAAAAUCAAGACUGAAGUUUCUCAACUUAUUGGGAGAACUCCCCUUGUUUAUCUUAACAAAAUGAGUGAAGGAUGUGGAGCUUACAUAGCCGUCAAGCAAGAGAUGAUGCAACCAACUGCCAGCAUCAAAGACAGGCCGGCGUUUUCAAUGAUCAAUGAUGCAGAAAAGAAGAAUUUAAUCACUCCCGGGAAGACGGUCUUGAUAGAGCCAACAUCUGGUAAUAUGGGGAUUAGUAUGGCUUUUAUGGCAGCCAUGAAAGGAUACAAGAUGGUUCUAACCAUGCCCUCUUACACAAGCUUGGAGAGAAGGGUGACUAUGAAGGCAUUUGGAGCUGAGCUAAUUGUCACUGAUCCCACCAAGGGGAUGGGUGGAACAGUUAAGAAGGCCUAUGAUCUUUUGGAAUCCACACCAAAUGCUUUCAUGCUACAACAAUUUUCAAAUCCUGCAAAUUCUAAGAUCCAUUUUGAAACGACAGGUCCUGAAAUUUGGGAGGAUACACUUGGUCAUGUUGACAUCUUUGUAAUGGGAAUAGGCAGUGGAGGAACAGUCUCUGGCGUUGGACAGUACCUUAAAUCUCAAAAUCCUAAUGUUAAGAUAUAUGGGGUGGAGCCUGCUGAAAGUAAUGUGCUGAACGGUGGUAAACCAGGUCCUCAUCAAAUUAUGGGUAACGGAGUUGGAUUUAAACCAGACAUAUUGGACAUGGAUGUAAUGGAAAAGGUUCUUGAGGUUAGCAGUGAAGAUGCAGUAAAAAUGGCUAGGAGAUUGGCAUUGGAGGAGGGGCUUAUGGUGGGAAUAUCAUCUGGAGCCAACACAGUUGCUGCACUUAGACUUGCUAGAAUGCCAGAGAACAAAGGAAAACUCAUCGUGACUGUUCAUCCAAGUUUCGGGGAGCGAUACUUGUCAUCUGUCCUGUUUGAAGAACUGAGAAAUGAGGCUGCAAACAUGCAACCAGUUCCAGUUGACUAAGUGCUUUGGGAUGGGGUGCUCUAUAAAUAAUAUUAAAUCUCUUGUAUGCAAUCAUUUGUUGACUUCAUAUUACUUAAUAGGUUUCUUGGGUGAAAAACUAUGUCUGCAGAAUAUUGGUUGUGAUAAAGCUUAUUAUCUGGUAGAAGUCCUGUAUUAUGGCAUCAAUUCUCACUUCACCCUGAAUCUGAAUGGCAUCAGAGUGUUCAAGAAA